AUGAUGCGACGAGGAGCCCCCGAGUGGUUCACACAGGGCAAAGCACGUGAACGGUUUCACAGGUACUGGCCGUGGGCUCUCAGCUCCAUCUGCGCCGGCCUUUAUCUCUACAACGGCGAGCCGUUCGAAGACGCCGCCGGUGCCAUCGUGACAAAAAUUCGGCGACCACUGCUCAAGACGAUGGAGUGGGUGGAGUUGCACGAUGUGGAUCCAGAGACGAUGUCGUUGGAGCUGCCGCCGGACAUGCUCUUUGGCCCGCUUGAGUUCCCGAAGCAGAUGCGCUUCCUUCUAGCGGCACUCAUGGCCGACAACGAGCUCGCUGACGGCUACCUGGCGCGAGUGAUCAUUGAUCGCAUGGAUUUGUCCUUGGACCCGCCAAUUCUGUCGGAGGGCGACUUCCUCGCAGCCGGCGGCAAGGAGCUUCUCGACUUUAGCGUGGAGGACUUCACCGGUACGAAAAGCCGCGCCAAACGCAAGCACAUCUUUUUCCAGCCUGACCAGUUCCUUCAAUUGAUCAACAUCAUCGCCGCCUACCCGUCACUGACGGAGUACUUUGUGAACGAGAAAGACGGCGUGGAGCUGGUCUUUCAGGCCUAUCGGCAUAGUAAGAACCCCUACGCCCGCGUGAUGGCGAUGCGGUCGCUGACAUUGUUCUCAUUCACCCAAGCCAUCGACGGCACGGUGGAGCGGCGCAUCUUGCAAAGUAACGGCGUGAAGACUAUCGUGGACGCGUACAAGCAGAGCACCGGUGACCCGACCGAGACGCGCUUCCCCACGUUGCUCCUCUCCUCCAUCAUGCGCCACUACCCCAAGGAGGGCGGCAAGGAGUUCAUUGACGCUGAUGGCGUCGAGGCGGUCGUGAACAAUCUCAACAUUGCCCGUUACAAGGGCAUUCCGCAGCACAUCCGCGUCCUCCACGACGCCCAGCGCCUCCCCAAGCAGUCGAUCGGCAAAAAGUCGGUGGAUGCGCGACUGGAGGAGGCGGACUUCUUGGGCGUUGCGAUGGGUCUGCUGGACACCUUUCCUGAGUUCUACGAGGCGACAGGCGACCUUCUAAAGCUGCUGACGAGCGUGGCACCAGCGCACGCCGGCCCGCUAGAGCUGCUCGAGUACCGGGCCAUGCCGAUCCUCUCCAAGUACUACGUGAAGUGGUGCGAGGACCAAAGCUUUCAGACGGACGGCACUCGAACACUGGUGGCGAAGCUGUUCGAGCUGAUGCUGAAUGACAAGAUGUGCCAGCGGUGCUACGACCCAUCUGUGGCGUCGUAUGAACUGCUCGAGUGCCUCAAGACCGCCAAGCUGGCCGUCAAGGAUGAGCAAGAAAAGCGAGUGACACGAUUUCCAGAUCCACAACAGCAGCCGGCGAGCGCCGCUGCGUAG